AGUUUGGGUUUCCCCAAGUCUCUAAGACAGACGUCUCUGCGGGCUGCGGGGAGAUGUGGGGAGGGCCCCCUCCACUUUGGAGGGCAGUGAAGGAGAGGGAUCCUCUAAAUUGUCGAGGCUUCAUCUCUCCAGAUUGUAUGCCCUUCUCAGCAACACCGCCUCCGGCCCUCCGAUGGGAAAGUGGAGGCCGGGUGAGACGGGGUCCCUCCUGGCUUCAGCAUGAAAUGGGCAGGAAGGCUGGAGGGGUGUAUGAGGGGCUCUGCAGUGCGGUGGGGCCUGGGGAGAGUGGGGUGGGGGAUAGCAGAUGGUUUCUUCUGCUUGAUGAGGCUAGGGAGAGACCCAGGUUCCCGGUCUGGGUCUCCCUGGCAGAUUGAGGACAGAGAAUGCACCUGCCGGCAAGGUGGAACGCCCCCCACCCCGCCCCCCAACUAGCCGCACCGCCCCCCAGGAAUGCCCUCUUUUGGUCCGCCGGUCUUGGACUCUGCUCUCCCCUCUCCUGAUAUCCUACUGUAUGCGUGGUGGGGGGACCUCAUGGAGGCGGGCAGCCUGUAAUGAUUAACUGCAGAGACACUCCAGCAUUCUUCCCGAAUUAAACUUUAAAAGAGCUGCCCCGCCUUCUCCCAUUGGGUAUUUUUCCUGAGUGAGAGAGUGGGCGGGGCCUCAGAGUCCUGGGUCCUCCCUUAUACUAGGAGUCAUCCAGGGGUUUCUCACCUUCUCACCUGGGCCCUGCACCCUAAAAAAUUAUAAGCCUCUCCCGUGGGGGCGGGGCGUGGAGUACUGGGCGGACGGGGGCUCUCCCACCACAUCCAGGCCCCUGGCCCAGGCCUCAGUCCCGCAAGCCCUUCCCCCUGCUCUGGGAAGCAGAGUUGUUUUCUGUUGGCCCUGAACACCUGGCCCCGCCACCUGCCCUUAGGGCCAGCCAGGUGGGGCGUGAUUCAGGAAGUAAACAAGGAGGUUGGGAGGACGGGAACGCGGGUGGGGCUGGAGCCACUGGGGGAGGAGGCAGCUGGGAAGCCACGGACGGAGUUACCUCGUUGAGGGGACAAACUGAUUUUGGGGGUCGGUGUUUCCAACCGAAGCUUUACCGGGGCCUCAGUUUGAAAACUCCAGAUCUCUAAGCUGCCAGGCCCACAGCCAGGACCGCUUCCUCCUCCCUGCUCACCCCAUUGGUCUUGACGAUUCCACCCGCCUCCAGCCUUAGAAGGGGCUUAAGGGCACGGCUGGGGGGCUCUGAAGGCAAACCCCAGCCUUGGACUGGCCCUCUCUGAUCUCUGAGGCCAGGCUCUAAUGUGAUUUGAAUCUACUUCUAACCCCUUCCAAGCACUGCCCUCCUGAAUUCUCUGCUCCUCUCCCCACCCCACUGUUGGUCUGUGAUUUCGAGGCAGGCGUGGCCCCCUGCAGCCUGGAAUGAAGUCACUGGGGCUGUUUGGAGACCGGGGCUGUUUGGAGGUUAGACUGGGGUGGGAGUGGGGGAUUGUGUUCUGGUAUUGAGGUGCUAGUGUCUCUUGCUAGCGGGUGAUGGGUGUGUCUUGCCCCUCCUGGCAGGACCCUGAGCCCCCUCCCUGGCCUUUCAUCCUGUCUGUCUUCUUGAGUGUUUUCCCUUUCCACUCCUGCUCCUGUGGUACCCCUCUGGCCGGGACACCCAGGAGAAUGUGUCAGGAGGAACUUCAUCCACACAGGGCAGGGGCUCUGAGCGAUGCUUUGGGUGGGGAGGGGCACCGCUGGGAUGCUGGCUUCUCUCCAAAUGGGCCUCUGAAUCCAGGCCGGGCAUUGCCUCUCUCCUUCCCAGGCGAGGGACUCCCUGGCGAGGAGGUGGUUUGGGACUGGGGGUGAGAGCAGAUCGUAGGUCCCACCUGGCCUGGAGCUAGGCCGAGGGUGGGGAGGAGGAGGUGAUGUCAGGAGCCUCAGGCCCCACAUCCUCCUCCCCCAUCCUGUUCCCAGCCCCGUGCCUCCCCCAUUCCGCUCUGGCUAGCAGUGGGUUGGGGAGUUGGGGGAAGGGUGGAGGCAGGGCUGUUUUUGUUUCUCCUAAGCCAGGAAGUUGUGUGGAUGAGUCAAGGUUGAAUGGAGAGCCCUAGGCAGUGUUGUCCCGCCCGCCCUGACUCACCUGUCCCCCAAAUCCCCUGAUGCCCUCACUGAAGGGUCAGGUGCCUGCUCCCUCCUGAGGGGUCAAUCCCAGGUGCCCCAGGUGGCCUCAUAGUACUGGCCCAGUGUUUGGAGAACAGGCUGGGGGCUGGGAUUGCAGGUUCUCCCAGGUCUCAGCCCGGCCAAAGGGGUCUGCUGGGUUCCUGCGGAGGAGGGGCCAGCCCCACCUCCACCUCUAGUGCUCGUCUUUGCCUGCUGUCCUGUCUUUACUUGUCUUGAGUGUCUGUGCAGCCCCUAUAAGUGAUAAGACAUGGGUGAGAUUGGCCUUGCGUGGGGGUACCAGGUGCCCUCAGACAAAUGGGUGGAUAGGACAGGUGCACAGUAAUGGAUGAUGCGGCCCCCGCACAGUGCUGAGAGGGAGUCAUUCAGUCUGAAUGUGGAAGGCCAGGAAGGCUUCUCAGCACUGGGGCUUCAGGAAAGAGUUGGGCAGGAGGAUGGCCUGGGGAGGGUACGCAAGGUUUGGGGGUUGCUGGGGCCAGGACCCCUACCCCAGGCCCUGCUCUCCCCCUUGCACUGCAGCGGAGCCGGCUCUCCUGCCUUUCUGACUCCCAUCCUUCCCCACCUCCUUCUCCCCUCUGCAUCACUCAUCACUUGGGCAGGCCAAACUUCGCCAAGUAUGAACAGGCUCUGGCAACUGGGUCUGGCAACAAAGUGCUGGAAAAACCCGGGGCACAGCCCAGCGCAGUGAGUGCCCCACACGUGGAGGCAAAGGAGUGGGCCUUUGCCCUGACCCUGAGGGCUGAGCCUGAGAGUCUGUGGGUUGUGAAAUCUGUUGUGACCACCAGGCUUGUGGUGGGUGGACCCUCAGCUCUUCCUGUGAGCAACUUUGUGCUAAAGAAAGAGCACUGGAGCCGGGCGUGGUGGCUCACGCCUGUAAUCUCAGCACUUUGGGAGGCCAAGGCGGGCGGAUCAGGAGUUCGAGACCAGCCUGGCCAACAUGGACAAGGGCACACAACUGGUUCCGUUAAGCCCCUCUCUCGCUCAGACGCCAUGGAGCUGGAUCUGUCUCCACCUCAUCUUAGCAGCUCUCCGGAAGACCUUUGCCCAGCCCCUGGGACCCCUCCUGGGACUCCCCGGCCCCCUGAUACCCCUCUGCCUGAGGAGGUAAAGAGGUCCCAGCCUCUCCUCAUCCCAACCACCGGCAGGAAACUUCGAGAGGAGGAGAGGCGUGCCACCUCCCUCCCCUCUAUCCCCAACCCCUUCCCUGAGCUCUGCAGUCCUCCCUCACAGAGCCCCAUUCUCGGGGGCCCCUCCAGUGCAAGGGGGCUGCUCCCCCGCGAUGCCAGCCGCCCCCAUGUAGUAAAGGUGUACAGUGAGGAUGGGGCCUGCAGGUCUGUGGAGGUGGCAGCAGGUGCAACAGCUCGCCACGUGUGUGAAAUGCUGGUGCAGCGAGCUCACGCCUUGAGCGACGAGACCUGGGGGCUGGUGGAGUGCCACCCCCACCUAGCACUGGAGCGGGGUUUGGAGGACCACGAGUCCGUGGUGGAAGUGCAGGCUGCCUGGCCCGUGGGCGGAGAUAGCCGCUUCGUCUUCCGGAAAAACUUCGCCAAGUACGAACUGUUCAAGAGCUCCCCACACUCCCUGUUCCCAGAAAAAAUGGUCUCCAGCUGUCUCGAUGCACACACUGGUAUAUCCCAUGAAGACCUCAUCCAGAACUUCCUGAAUGCUGGCAGCUUUCCUGAGAUCCAGGGCUUUCUGCAGCUGCGGGGUUCAGGACGGAAGCUUUGGAAACGCUUUUUCUGCUUCUUGCGCCGAUCUGGCCUCUAUUACUCUACCAAGGGCACCUCUAAGGAUCCGAGGCACCUGCAGUACGUGGCAGAUGUGAACGAGUCCAACGUGUACGUGGUGACGCAGGGCCGCAAGCUCUACGGGAUGCCCACUGACUUCGGUUUCUGUGUCAAGCCCAACAAGCUUCGAAAUGGCCACAAGGGGCUUCGGAUCUUCUGCAGUGAAGACGAGCAGAGCCGCACCUGCUGGCUGGCUGCCUUCCGCCUCUUCAAGUACGGGGUGCAGCUGUACAAGAAUUACCAGCAGGCACAGUCUCGCCAUCUGCAUCCAUCUUGUUUGGGCUCCCCACCCUUGAGAAGUGCCUCAGAUAAUACCCUGGUGGCCAUGGACUUCUCUGGCCAUGCUGGGCGUGUCAUCGAGAACCCCCGGGAGGCUCUGAGUGUGGCCCUGGAGGAGGCCCAGGCCUGGAGGAAGAAGACAAACCACCGCCUCAGCCUGCCCAUGCCAGCCUCCGGCACGAGCCUCAGUGCAGCCAUCCACCGCACCCAACUCUGGUUCCACGGGCGCAUUUCCCGUGAGGAGAGCCAGCGGCUUAUUGGACAGCAGGGCUUGGUAGACGGCCUUUUCCUGGUCCGGGAGAGUCAGCGGAACCCCCAGGGCUUUGUCCUCUCUUUGUGUCACCUGCAGAAAGUGAAGCAUUAUCUCAUCCUGCCGAGCGAGGAGGAGGGCCGCCUGUACUUCAGCAUGGAUGAUGGCCAGACCCGCUUCACUGACCUGCUGCAGCUCGUGGAGUUCCACCAGCUGAACCGCGGCAUCCUGCCGUGCUUGCUGCGCCAUUGCUGCACGCGGGUGGCCCUCUGACCAGGCUGUGGACUGGCUCAUGCCUCAGCCCGCCUUCAGGCUGCCCGCCGCCCCUCCACCCAUCCAGUGGACUCUGGGGCGCGGCCGCAGGGGACGGGAUGAGGAGCGGGAGGGUUCCGCCACUCCAGUUUUCUCCUCUGCUUCUUUGCCUCCCUCAGAUAGAAAACAGCCUCCACUCCAGUCCACUCCUGACCCCUCUCCUCAAGGGAAGGCCUUGGGUGGCCCCCUCUCCUUCUCCUAGCUCUGGAGGUGCUGCUCUAGGGCAGGGAAUUAUGGGAGAAGUGGGGGCAGCCCAGGCGGUUUCACGCCCCACACUUUGUACAGACCAAGAGGCCAGUUGAUCUGCUCUGUUUUAUACUAGUGACAAUAAAGAUUAUUUUUUGAUACACCUACUAUGA